CUCUGUUAUCAAGGACACUACCUCCUGUCCAGACGCAUAUAUCAAAUAACAAACAGUUUGUUAUUUCUGCUUAACGAUGUUUGAGAUAUGAAAGACAAGACGGCAGAUAUUAUAUACGCUUGAAAUAAGUUGGGCGUUUCAAAUGAAUUUUGAGUCAGACUUUUAGGUUAGAGAUCAUUGCUUGCUGUUGAAUCAGUCUUUCAAACCCCUCUCUAUGAAGAAUCUGAUUUUUCUAGCCAUAACAUACCAACUUGUGGUUGCUAUUUGGCCAAUAACAACGUUUACAGAGAACAAUAUUGACAACAGCAUUAAUAAUAACUGCGGGAAAAAUUUUCAAUUCAAGCCAAACAGAAUCAUCUUAACUCAAAAGUCCAUUUCAGCUGGUGCUAAAUUUCUCAAAAAGUUAAAAGUAUCAUCGUUUAAAGAAUGUUACUUUAUGUGUUGCAAUACAAAUGAAUGUAGCACGGCAAUAUUUGAAUCUAAGGCUACACAGUCCUGUUUUAUGUUUGAUUGUCGACAGCCUGGACAAUGCUUUUAUUCUAGUCAUUCCAAUUAUGAUACAAUCGUCUUGGAAGAGUCAAACGGUAAUCAGAGUUUGAAAAACAAAGUUGGUCUAAAUCAACAUUGUGAUUCAAAUAACUUGUGUGAUGAAGUUAAAACUAUAUGCUCUGAUGGGAUAUGUAUUUGCCAGUCUGGUUGGAUUGCUAAGAAAGGUUCAUGUGUUCAGUCAGUUUGUAAAUCACCGGAACUUCAAUUCCAGUGUGAUGAUUCUUCUACUUGUGUAGCUAUCUAUGAUAAAUGUAACGGAAUAGUUGAAUGCCCGGAUGGAUCAGAUGAAUUGUUUUGCCCUUCAAGAGUAAUUCAAAAGCAAAAUGAAACCAAUCUGUCGUUACCGCGUAAUCAAAAACAAAGUGAAUUCGACGAGGGAAUUUUGUCUAAACCUUCAAAUGUAAGUUAUCAGCCCUUGGAAAGAUAUCAAUCCAGUCAACCAUCUUUUUUAACUACAUCUCGAAGUACUUCCCCAGCGUUGAUGGAUUUACACGAUCUGUCUGAUCCAUUAUUUUAUUCUAGUCAACCAAAUUAUCAUAAUGGUAGGGAACAGCUGAGAAAAUCAAACCCAAUUAAAUCUGCUAACCAAAAACCACUAUUCAAUGUUGAUGAUAAAGAAUCGUUCAUGCUUGAUAUAAAUAAUAAAAUUAAUGAAAAUAAUGAUAACAAUCCUGAGAUGUUUUUUACUUCAAGUGAUGAUGAUGGAUGGCAUUAUCCUAAGGGACUAAUUCAUGAUAUUUCAUCACAGAGUGGUGGUGAUGUCCUUUCACAAUCAUUGCCUAGAAAGCAUCUAUAUCGACCGGAUCAUCAUCAUUCGGUACUAUCACGAAUGAAACCAUAUGAAACAGCAGGACUGUACAGGCCCAGAUCAUUCAAUACUUUUAAAGUUGAUUAUCCUCAGUCAUCACAGAGAAAUGAUUUAUCGUUCAUUCCUUAUCAUCAUUCUAAUAAUUUUAUGCGUGGAUCACAUCAAGAUGAACCACAAUUUUUUCAAUAUAAUCUGGAUCGUAAACACCAAUCUGAGAUGAUAAUUGAUCCAACUGUACUGGAAAAUAUGGACUUUAUCAAUAAAUUUAGUGAAACAGGUGAUGCUUUAAAAAAGUAUCCGUUGGUUCAUGAGCCAAAACACAUCCAUCAUAGGAAUGAAUUUGAAGACAAUUAUCAAAAGGGAUCUAGUAUAGAUAAAAAUGGAAAUCGACCGGCGACUCUCACUAGUACUAGUAGUCCCAUUACAACAACUGAUUCAUCACAAGGUAUAAUAGCUGCUGUUAAGCAAAGUCAAUCUGAAGGUCAUACUUCUGCUUUGUUAUUAGCAUUUAGUCUUGGUUUAAUUUGUUGCUUCAUUGGUCUACUUAUUGCUGAGUGGAGACGUCGGCAAAAAUUGCAUUUAUGGUCAUCGCAUCGUUCAAGACCAGAGCAAGCUAUUGUUUUUGGUGAUCGAACAAAAAUAUCUAUGCCAAGAUUAAAACCAUCUCGUCGAUUAAAGAAAAAUACAACUUAUGAUCAAGUGAAUAAAACUAUAACAGGUACAAUAGAUGAAGAAAAAGCUUUAUUCAAUGAUUUAGUCCUUUAACUCAUCAUUUAUCUGAAGAAAUAUAUUAUAAUACAUUGCAUCUGUAUUUGACUUUAGUUUUGAGUUUUUUGUUUUUAGAUUUUCAUCAUUGUCUAAUAUUUUAUUGAACUGUGUACUCAUUUAAAUAAACAAUUAACAAAUAAUACGACAAAUUGGUUUUAUUUGUGCAUUUCCUUACAUAUAUAUAUAUAUAUAUAUAUAU